AUGGUGAAUGUGGUGCGGAGCAGAUCUGUGUGUCUGACCCCAGCACCCUGCAAGGCUAGAAAAGGAAGAACCUGUGCAGAAUCCCUGCAGGGAGAGUCAGAUGAUGAAAGGAAACAAGAAAAGCAGGACAAGUCUGACAGUGAGGGAAAUGCACACGGUGAGGGCAAGCCAGAACGCCAAGCCAAGCCAGAGAGCCAGCCAAGGGCUGUUGAAAAGUGCCAGGCUGAAGAUUAUGUGUCUCGGAAAGCAAAGCGCAAAACAGGAGUGGAUGAUUCUCCCAAGGACUACCAGGAGGACUUACAAGAAAGGCACUUGGGCAGUGAGGAGAUGAGUGAAUGUGGAGAUGUGUCAAGGGCUCAGGAAGAGCCAAGGAAAAGCCAGAAAACAAGUGGUUUUCUUUGCAUGCGAGAUGUACAGGAUCCAUUCUCCCAAGGAGCCAAUGGGGUGUCAGGGAGUGGGGGGGGGGGCGGAGGCAGGGGCCAGAGGGGCUUUCGUGAUAUCCCAUAUCUUUAA